AUGAGCGCGCCGCAGCCGAACGACGCGGAGAAAAAUAUCGAGAUAUGGAAGGUGAAGAAGCUGAUUAAACGCUUAGAGGCGGCCCGUGGCAAUGGAACGUCGAUGAUUUCGUUGAUUAUCCCUCCAAAGGAUCAGGUCUCUCGUGCAGCCAAGAUGCUGGCUGAAGAAUUUGGAACGGCUUCCAACAUCAAAUCACGAGUCAACCGUUUAUCCGUCCUGUCUGCCAUUACGUCCACCCAGCAGCGUCUUAAACUUUACAACAAGGUACCUCCAAAUGGCCUUGUCAUCUACUGCGGUGAAAUCAUUACGUCAGAAGGAAAGGAACGCAAGAUCAACAUCGAUUUUGAACCGUUUAAGCCUAUCAAUACAUCUCUUUACCUUUGUGAUAACAAAUUCCACACCGAGGCUCUCAGUGAGUUACUGGAAUCAGACCAAAAGUUUGGUUUUAUUAUCAUGGACGGAAAUGGUGCUCUCUUCGGCACAUUGAGUGGAAACACACGAGAUGUAUUGCAUAAAUUCUCCGUCGAUUUACCGAAAAAGCAUUCUCGUGGUGGACAGUCUGCCCUUCGUUUCUCGCGUCUUCGAGAAGAACGUCGUCACAAUUAUGUCCGAAAAGUUGCUGAAUUAGCAGUUCAAAAUUUUAUUACCAGCGAUAAAGUAAACGUCGGUGGCCUUGUUCUCGCUGGCUCUGCAGAUUUCAAGAAUGAUCUCAACCAAUCAGACAUGUUCGACAAUCGCCUUCAGUCGAAAGUGAUCAAGGUUGUCGAUGUUUCGUAUGGUGGAGAACAUGGGUUCAAUCAGGCUAUUGAAUUGGCUGCAGAGACUCUAGGAAAUGUCAAGUUCAUUCAAGAGAAGAAGCUCAUUGGGAAGUAUUUCGAAGAGAUCAGUCAAGACACUGGCCGAGUAUGCUAUGGUGUUGAUGAUACGCUGAAAGCUUUGGAGCUUGGUGCAGCAGAGACCCUUAUCGUUUACGAAAACCUGGAUAUCACACGAUGGAAUCUGAAACCAUCGUCAGGGCCGGAGGUUGUCCUGCACACCACCAAGGCUCAGGAGGCGAAUCGAGAGAUGUUCAUGGACAAAGAUAGUGGCCAAGAGAUGGAAAUUAUUGAACAAGGCCCCCUUCUGGAAUGGUUAGCUGAGAAGUACAAAGACUUUGGCGCAACCCUAGAAUUUGUUUCCGACAAAUCUACGGAAGGAAAUCAGUUCGUGAAGGGCUUUGGUGGAAUUGGCGCCAUCCUACGGUAUAAAGUCAAUUUCGAACAGCUUGCCGAUUACUCUGAUGACGAAGACGAAUUCUAUGACGAGAGCGAGGAUGGUGGUCCAGAAAUCCCGUCGGCGGAUGUUCUGACGGCGUGCCCGUCGAGCCAGGUCAAUGGUGUUAAUGGGAACUGCAAUGAGAUUGCUCUUCGGACCCAAACUCCACUGCUACCGGCCAGCUCUAAGCUCCUUAAAGGUAUUUCCACAGACCUUAAACUACAGUUUUUGUAG